GGUAAUGUUGAUUCUGUGGCGUUAUAAACUCCAGAACUGUCAAAAACAGCACUUUAUAAAGACCAAAGUGAAUUCUGUGCUCAGCUAAAUAACAUUCGCCAUGAUGGGUGACUGUACAGAAGCCGAGAUACCCGUAAUUGACUUCAGCGCUUACAGACUGUCAUUGACCAAACCAGACACCACUCAGUUUCAGAAACUUGUAGGUGAUGUUCACAAAGCUCUUACAACCAUCGGCUUCUUCUUUAUGAUCAACACGGACUUCCCACAGGAAAAGGUGGAAAAUUUGCAUCGAGUGAGCAAAACAUUUUUUGAACUUCCAGUUGAAUUGAAGAAAAAAGUCAUCCGUAUUCCUUCAAAUGGUUCCCAUGGGUACGUCAAUAUUGAAAUGGAAAAUACCAAUCCUGAUCGACCACACGGGGACCUCAAAGAAGCUUUCAAUUUAAAUCCAUCAAGCGACUUGGAAGCAUGGCCAUUGGAAUCUGACUGUCCUGGAUUUAAGUCUUUCCAUGAAGAGUUCUUUGACCUUUGUGUUCCACUUCAUAACAGAGUGCUUGAAGUCUUGGCUUAUGGACUUAAACUCGAGGAUCCCUUGUUUUUUGUGAAACACCAUUCCAAGCCGAAAACAGAGAGUCCAAUUAUCUUGAGGACUCUGUUCUACCCAUCCCUGAAUGGUCUGACAGUGAAGGAGCAACAGGUGCGGUGUGGAGAGCACUCCGACUAUGGGGGAAUCACACUUCUGUUCCAACAGAAACGUGGAUUAGAGGUUCGUAAACGAGAUGGUACAUAUGUUAAAGUGCCAUUGGUUAAUGGUGGUAUUCUGGUUAACAUUGGUGACUUGAUGCAAAGAUGGACUUCGGAUGUAUACACUGCUGCUAGACACCGUGUAUACAUGGACGACAGUGUGGAGGAACGUGGGAAAACCAGACAGUCAAUUGUUUUCUUUGGUUAUCCGGACAACGAAGCAAUCAUUGAAUGCACUGACAAAAGUAACAAGUACCCACCAGUCAAGUCCAUAGAAUAUUUGAAGAUGAAACACAGUACGACAUACCUGUAUUAAAUGGAAAUUAUUUGUUACACUAGUGGAGUGAUCCAACUUCAAUGAUAUUGGGUUGUUUUCAUUUCAUGAAUUGAGGGAAGAGUUGUGUAGGCCUAUCCAACAAGUUUGAACGAACACAAGGUCCAGAACUAGACAAUUAAGAUUUCGUCUGGUUACUGAAUCACAAUUUCUUAAUUAAUUGUGCAACUCAUAAUCAAAGACCUUAUAUACAAUCUUUGUAUGAAAGAGAUUCGCUGUUGCAAUGAUGAUCUACUUGGUAGUGUUUGCAAGAAAUUAUAGCCGGAAGUUCAAACUUGUUUUAAGAAAAUUGUGGUUUUAUAUAACCAUGAGAGAAGACUUAAAACACAAAAUUUAAUUUCAUUCUACCACUUGAUGCUUUUUUUUUCUCCAUUUUAUCACAACAUUUUAAUACAUACAUAGGCCCAAAUGGGUUUGAAAAAGAAAUGGACUGGAGCGGGACUUCCCGACCUCCUGAUUGACGUACCAGCACUCUACCAACUGAGCUAUCCAGCCCUUGGUUGGCAGUCUCCGUAUUAUUCAAUAUCUUUGUUUGGGUUGCCAGUCAGAAGCCAUACUAUUAUCUGCCAUGUAGCCUGGGAUUACACACAAAUUAUCAACCUGUUGUUGCUGAUUCUCUUAAAGCUGUGUUUUAUCUUGAUUUAUUUUUUAUUUACUUACAGUUUCAGUUCUUAAAAGUUAUGUACAUGUGCAAAGAUUACCUUAAAUGCAAGAUGUUUAACAAAACAUCAAUGUCCUCAUAAAAAAUGUAAAGUUUUAACUUUAAAAAGCAUUUAUAAACCUCUGUUACUCUGUAUACUUUAAACCAGCAUAAAUAAAAUAAAAAUGAUUGUGACUCAUGAAAAAUAAAAAUAAAUGUGAUGACAACAGCAG